UCUGACACCGGAAGUGCUUUAUUUCAAGCGUCACCGCGUAUUAAGUCGGCUAAACGUUAGCACGUCGGGAUUGUCUUCCUCGCGUCAAACUAAAAGCUAUUUUUGGGAAAACAUGGCAGAUAGCUAACUCCUCACGCCCACUCUUGCGCUUUUUUUCUUCGAUUUUUGAAUUAAACCCUGAAGAAAGAUGAGUGGUGAAGCCAACAAAGAGUUUGAGGAGCAGCUGAGGAUGCAACAACUCUACAGCAGGGGGAGCAAUGAUGGUUCUGACCCCAACACCUACACUGACCCAGAUGGUACCGUGUAUGACUGGGACCACGAAAAGAAGGCCUGGUUCCCUAAAAUCACAGAGGACUUCAUGGCCGCCUACCAGGCCAACUAUGGCUUCACUAACCAGGGCGAGCCGGACGCCGGUGGCGCUCCAGCCGUCGCCGCGGCAACACAGAGCUCGCCUCCAGCUCGGGAGAAACCAGGAAAAGGAGGAGGAGACCCCGUUCCAGACCAGCAUGGGAGUCCGGCCAAUGAAGCCAAGCAGAAAGCGGAAAAGCGGAAAGCAGACCCAGGUUGGUUCGACAUCGACGACACCAAGAACACGAACGUGUACGUGUCAGGCCUGCCCCCCGACACCAGCGCCGAGGAGUUUGUGGAGCUCAUGUCCAAGUGUGGCAUCGUGGCCAGGGACCCCGUCACCGAGGAGUACAAGGUCAAACUCUACAAGGACAAAGAGGGCAACCUGAAGGGCGACGGUCUCUGCUGCUACCUCAAGAGGGAGUCUGUGGAGUUGGCCGUGCGUCUGGUCGAUGACUCGGAGGUCAGAGGUUACAGGCUCCACGUGGAAGCGGCGCGCUUCGAGCUGAAAGGACAAUACGACGCCAGCAAGAAGAAGAAGAAGAACAAAGAGUAUCGCAAGAAGAUGCAGCAGCAACAAAAACAGUUGGACUGGAGACCUGAGAAGCAAGGAGACGCCAGAAAGAGACAUGAGAAGGUGGUCAUCAUUAGGAACAUGUUUCACCCUAGUGACUUUGAGGAAGAUCCGCUGGUUCUGAACGAGUACCGUGACGAUCUACGGUCGGAAUGUGAAAAGUUCGGCGAGGUCAAGAAGGUCAUCCUCUUCGAUAGACACCCCGACGGCGUGGCCUCGGUGGCGUUCAAGGACCAGGAGCCGGCGGACGCCUGCAUCCAGUCCUUCAACGGACGCUGGUUUGGCGGCCGCCAACUGACGGCGGAGGCUUGGGACGGAACCACGGACUAUCAGGUGGAGGAGACGAACCGCGAGCGCGAGGAGCGGCUGAAGGGCUGGUCGUCUUUCCUGGAGGAGCGGCCAGCAGAGGUCGCCACCGCGGCGUCCAGCAGCAAGGAGCCCCCGCAGGAAGCGGAAACGCCGGCACAGGCGGCCGCACAGCAGCCCGGCAAAGAAGAGGAAGUGGACUCCACCGACAGCAGCCUGGCAGGAAGCGACGACGACGGCGCUUAGUCACUGAACAAAUGUCACGAGUCCCGGGUCGCCACAGCAAGUGAAGACUGAAGAGGUUUGUCCAAGAAUUAAAUAGUGACUUUGUCUACGGGUUGUUGUUUUGGACGUCAUUGUCAGCUUUUAAGAAGCAGAAAAAUGUCGGGGUUCUUCCCGACUGAUGAGCUAACGAAUACGUAAUUAGCCGUCGCUGGAAUUAUUGAUGCGUUGGCUCGCUAACGAGGUCUCAAGCUGUCUCAUUAAAAGCAGGACAGAGAAUAAACAAAUCAUUUUACUUUA